UGGUUACAUCUGACUGAAGGAUGGCGUGCGCAAAGUCACACACAUGCUCAUAAAAUGUUAUUAUUCAUGUUCUGUCCCAAUGUGUCUGUGCUACGUGUGUUGUAAAUGAGCUCGUUCCUGAUGAUCCAAAUAUGGAGUAAUUAGAGUCAUUAGCUGAGUAGUUGAAUUUGAAUGGUUGGGGUCGGCGCUCUUCGGGGCGCCUCAUUAUGCAGGCGCAUUAAAAGAAAGUAGCGGGGGGCAAAUGGGUGGUUAAAGGUACGGACAAAAGAGGGGCAGGGACUGUGAGGAGGGUCAGGAUUCAAAUUCUAAGUGGUAAGAUGUCCCCAUUGUCAGUGGGGUAUAUAGCACGCAAACCGAAGAGCUGGCACCACAGAAAAGCUGCCUGCUGCUCAUGCGUGAAGAUCCAAAGGUCAGGAUUUAGAAAUCUCACCAUGGCCUCCUCGCACUGUAUUUGGAUUGCUCUAUUUCUUCUCUCGGUGAUGACAAGUGACAUUGGAGUAUUUGCUCGCGCGGUAGACACGCUGGGAAUUGUAUCACAGUCGCCGGAAACUGAACCUGAGUCCUCCGGACAAACUUUACGCACGGACGCGCUGAGGCGGUGGAGGCGCGGGAUCGAAGGGGCGCACCGGGAGCGAUGCACGGAGCUGGCAGCACCUUGGCUGGAAAACACACAACCAGCUCCUGAGGAUAACGCAACAAUGUUGCAACUCCGUGUUGGGCCUUUUUCUCCGGGAGCCUCCUGGGGCCUGGUCUUCCCAGGGAAAUCUCUUUUUAGCUUUGUGCGACGGGUUUACCAUUGCUGUCAGGAGGGACUUAACUGCAGAAGCGUAAAAGGGAUUCAAGGUCGCUUGAGAGGAGAUACAGGUGUAGAGUUUCUCCUCACCAAGGAUAUUUUAUUGUUGACAGUUACAAGAGCAGAGCUUCACCUUCAACUCUCCAACCCGCAGCACCUGGAUGUCCACCCUGUGCUUCCAUUCAUGGCAAAGCAUGGCCUCCCUACAAGGUACGGUUUGUGGUUGCGGGGCAGCACGGUGGAGCUGAGAGUGGAUCUGCUGUUCCUUUUCCAGAGCCUGCAGGAGGCGGCAGGUGGUGCCGGGGGGGGUCCCAGCUUGGUGAACAUGCGGCGGGUGGUGUUUUCUUCCCCACCAGGAGAAAAGCCAGCUCCUCGCACUCUGCAGGACACAGACGGCGACGCCUGGGGGGAUGGGGUGGCCAAAGCGCUGCCUACCCUGGAGCUGGGCUUGAUCCUGGGCUGCAGUCAGGCCGGAGUUGGGAUGUCCUGUGAGGGCAGUGGCGUUCACCUCUCGCACACACCUUUCAUGGCUCUGUACUACAGAUGAAGUCAAACUGGAGACUGGACUGUGUUCUGCAUGAAAACAUUUUAUCUGUUGAACAACUUAUAGAAGGAAAUGAUGCACUUGAAUGUCAAAUCUAUUAAUUUAUGAAUGUUAUGUUUUGUAAAAUAUAUAUAUAUAAAUUUGUAAAUAGUGAAUAUGAUAUGCUGUAAGUUUAUGGAGUCAUUCUUUGGUUAUUAAAACUCUAACAAUCUAACAAUGGA